AUGUCGAUGAACCCACCUCCGCCACCAGCUGCGUCUGGCGACGCUGAUGCCGCUGUCGCUGUCAGCGCGCCGAAGGCUGCGCGCAGCGAGAGCUUCUCGUCACAAAAAUCCAACGACUCUCAAACUGCUGCUGAGUUCAUCCGCGAUCAGAUGCAAUUAGAAGCCGACGCGCGCGAAGCUCUUCCCUACAGCAUCGAGAACUGCACGAAAAUUCUCGGAUCCCUUCGUCAGAGCGUCUUCGCCUGUCUGACUUGCAAUCCGGCGCCCGCGAACCCGAAGGACCCCUACAAAGGCGCAGGCGUCUGCUAUGCCUGCUCGGUCCAGUGUCACGGGGAACACACCCUUGUCGAGAUCUUCACCAAGAGAAACUUCACAUGCGAUUGCGGUACGAAGCGAUAUCCACCUACAAGCCCCUGCAGCCUGCGGAUUAAUCCCGCCACCAACACCAAGGGCGGCGUUCAUUCGGAGGAACCGGAUGCGAACAAUAAGUAUAACCAGAACUUCAGGAACAGGUUCUGUGCGUGCGAGUGUGAUUACGACCCAUUCCAACAGAAGGGCACCAUGUUCCAGUGCUUGGGCUUGGGGACCGCCGAGACUGGCGGCUGUGGCGAAGAUUGGUACCACCCCGGCUGCUUGGUCGGUUUAGGCCCCAACUGGUUCGAGGGUAUGAAGAAGGAGAGUGCGGCCAAACCGAAGGACGAGACUACAGAAGCAGCAGCUUUGCCGACAAUUUCGGAAGAUUCAGAGGCGCGCCCAGCAGACGGGGCGGCAGCUGUUGAGACCAAGGAAGAGGAGGAAGACGACGAUGAUCCGCCGAUGCCGCCCGGCUUCCCAGGCGAAGACGACUUCGAGGCAUUCCUCUGCUACAAGUGCGUUAACGCCAAUCCAUGGAUCAAGAAAUACGCCGGUGCCAAGGGAUUCUUGCCCGCCGUCUUCUCGAAUCAGAAGAAAGAGGAGGCUUCAAUCACAGAGGAAAUUGCCAAGAAACGCAAGGCGGAAGAUGAUGGUGCUGAACCGGAGGUUAAGCGACUGAAAGGUGAUUCAGAGCCAUCGCAGAACCAGCCCGACAACAGUGCCGCAGAAGUAAAAGAAGAGCCGGAUGAAGGCGGGUCUACUUGCAAGUGGGCAGCACUCCCACCUCCGCCGGAGGGGGAGUUCUCACUCUUCAUGAAGGAAGAUUUCCGUAACCACUUCUGCCGUUGCUCGUCAUGCUACCGCAACCUUGAUCCGCACCCGCAGCUGCUGGAGGAGGAGGAGACGUACGAGCCGCCGCUUUCAGACGGUGCAAACUCAGAGCACGGCGGAUCAACUAACGGCAGCGGCAGUCUCCUCGAGCGUGGCGAAAGUGCUCUACGAAACGUUGACCGCGUUCGUGCGAUCGAGGGUGUCAUGGCGUACAACCACCUCAAGGAGCAGCUGAAGCCAUUCUUCCAGCAAUUUGCGGAAAGUGGCCAAGCCAUUGGCGCAGAGGACAUCAAGUCUUACUUUGCCAAGCUCAGAGGCGACGAGCAGGCCAUCAAGGAUGCUGGAGAAGCAGCCAAUGGCUCCAAGGACGAGGAGGGGGAUGAUCAGCGUAGGGAACAGAGUGGAUAUUGA